GACUGUAGCGGUAAUCAUUUCGUACUCACUGAUCUUGCUAGAAAGAACGGAUGAGUAACAGGUACUCUACCACUUCACUCUCCAGACUUCAGACCUUCAGUCACACCUCUCUCUCUCUCUCUCUCCCCCAAUCUCUUCAAAUCCCACUUUUUAUGUCCUAACACAUUGCCCUAUCCCACCAAACACAAGUCAUCAUCAUCAAUAACAUUCAAACUCUCUCGAAACUGUUCUUGUCCUUGUCCAUUUCUUUCCAACAAAAUUAACAUACAUAAAUAUCACCAUAACAAAUUCAUCAACUCUUUCUUGUAGGAACAUAGUAGAAACCAUGGAAGAGUUGUGGAAAGACAUAAACAUGUCUUCAUUGAAUGAACAAAACACACGACGACCCAUGAUUAUGAGUACUCGCGAUUCCUCCACUUUUGGUGGUGUUAUCCUUCAAGACUUCCUCGCUCGACCCCUUAACAUAAACCCACCAAAAAACAUUGAUCAUCAUUAUUCUUCUAACAACUCAUCUUCUUCUGUUGCUUCAGAUCAAAAUCCUUCUUUUUUUUGCCCUACUGUUUCAACUGCCCCGCCACCACUUGUCACUGCUCUCAGUUUAAACACUCGGCCUGAUCAUUUUCCCUUCGACACUCUUAUCAGACACAACAAGGAUAACAAUUCUCAGUUGUUAUUUCAACAACAACAUCAACAACAACGUAACAUUACUGUUUCAAAGGUUUCCCAUGUCGUAAAUCCCACACCAUUUGAUCCAAACGUCGGUGUCGUAUCUAAUGCUUUCACCUGUUUUGGAAAGAGAUUUGGUGAACCACCUGAUGUUAGUCCAGGUGAAAGGAGAAAUAAGAGAAUGAUCAAGAAUCGUGAAUCUGCUGCACGUUCACGAGCUAGAAAACAGGAAAAGAUUACUUCUUUCUUUCUUUCUCAUAAUCAAAUGUGUGAGUUGAAGAUAUGUCGCAAACAUGUCUCAUUUUAUUUGUUAUUUCAGGCUUACACGACCGAACUGGAGCAAAAAGUUGAUUUUUUGCUGGAAGAGAAUGCAAAGCUCAAAAGACAACAACAAGAGUUAUGGGAAGCAGCAAGUAGUGCACCAAAGAAGAAUAGCUUACAUCGAACAUUAACAGCUCCAUUUUAAGAACGAGCAGUGGUAUCUAACUAAUUGUGGUGUAAACAAAAUGUUACCCUUUUGAGUGUAGUGUACCAUGAUGUAAUUGUAAUUGUGGUUGUGAAUCUUUCCACGUUGUUUAGUUAUAAGUUAUUUUGAGGAAUACACGCAGGAAAGUGGAAUGUGCUUUUGCCAUUCCCAGUAGCAGGGGCCUCUCAAUGGGGAAACUUAAUUUGAAUGGUCUUUUUAUGGUAUUAUUGUUAUGCUCCCUAGUUUUGACGUUUUGCAUUUUUUGUUUGUUGGGUCAAUGUUUGACAAAAUUUUCUUCAUGCGGAAAGUGAAU